AUGUCUGCCGCCGAGGGUGCUCGCUCCCGCGCUGCCGCCACGUUGGCGCGCCUUCGGUCUUUUGACCAGCUUUCUUUGGACGAUCCCGUCCGCGUCGAGGAGACGCUCCCUGUCCUCCUCACACUCCAUCACCACUGGUGGGCCGUCGAGCGCACGGUUGCUGCCGCCGCCGCUACUGCUGCCGCCGCCAUCCCCUUCAACGCCGACGCCGACGCCGACGACGUGGACGCGACGCCGACGCCCGACUGGCCGGCCUGGCUGGCUAGUGAACUCGGCCCCGACACCCUCUACCGCACCAUCGCCCUGGCCUUCGGGCACCUGGUCCCCGCCUCCCGGUUCAAGACGGCGGCUGCGGCCCUCGGAUUCGAGAACCAGGGCGCCAUGUUCUUCAACCUGGGCCGGGCGGUGCCCCUCAAGACGGCCUCGGCCAAGACCAUCGCCAGCCUCGUCAACGCCACCCGCGGCGCCAAGUUCACCGGGGAGGAGGUCCUCGGGGCCAUCCGGGCCGCCAUGUACGACCGCCACGGCUCCGGCGUCGACGCCCCCGAGCCCACCACCCAGGAUGUCACCAAGGCGGCCAAGAAUCUUCGUUCGAGACCUCGCGCCCCGACUCCCACACCAGCACCGGCACCGGCACCCGCGCCCGCAUCCGCACCAGUGGACGAGGACGAGGAUGAAGAUGAGAUGGAGCUGGGAAGGCGCAUCUCCGAGGUCACCCUCGACGACAUGGCGCCCAUCCCCUUGGAGUCCCCUGGUCUGUGCUCCCGGACCCUGGAACAUGUGCCUUUGGGUCUCGAAUGCGUCUCCCCCGAGCCCCCCCCAUCCCAGCAGCAGCAGCAGCAGCAUCAGCAGCAGCAGCAGCAGCAUCAGCAGCAUCAGCAGCGUCAGCAGCAGCAUCAGCAGCGUCAGCAGCAGCAGACGCAUGGUGUGGUGGGGCGGCCCUACGUGGCCUUGACGUGGGCGAGAGGGGAGGAGGACGGCGUCGAGUUCAUUGGCCGUGUCGACUCGGAGGGCCUGAACGAGGAAGAGGCCGAGUGGGUUGCCCUGGUGGCAGAGCUGGCGGGCCGACGGGUGCCGUCCCGGUUCAGCCGCGGCCGCUUGGCCGCGUACUCGCUGCCCCUCCGGACCGCCGCCAACGCCGGGUGCGCCUGGAUCGGGGACCUGGCCGGCGAGCAGCAACAGCAACAGCAACAGCAGCAGCAGGAACAGGAACAGCAGCAACAGCAACAGCAACAGCAGCAGCAGCAGCAGGAACAGCAGCAGCAGGAGCAGCAGAAGCAACAGCAACAGCAACAGCAGCAGCAGCAGGAGCAACAGCAACAGCAGGCUGAAAGGACCGUGUGGUAUGGCGCGGCUGGCUAG